AAGGUCUGCCACCCAAGCCUCUCCAGCCGUCAGAGCACCGACACCUCAACACAACGCUACCAUGAGUCUGAGGAGCAAGCGCACCGGCCGUCCAGUGGCGUACACCUCCUCGAGGGCUUUCAGCAGCAUGUCCCUGGGAUCCUAUUCAGGCCGCAAGAUCAGCGGAGGAGUCCACCCAGCUGUUUCCAUCACACCCGUGUCUGUCAAUAGAAGCCUGCUGACCCCACUGAAGGUAGACAUAGACCCCACCAUCCAAGCCGUUCGAGUCCACGAAAAAGACCAGAUCAAGACCCUCAACAACCGCUUUGCCUCCUUCAUCGAUAAGGUUAGAUUCCUGGAACAACAAAACAAAAUGCUGGAAACCAAAUGGAAGCUGCUGGAGCAACAGACCACAGCCUCAUCCAAUGCUGAGCCCAUGCUGAAGGCCUACAUUGCCAACCUACAAAGGCAGGUAGAGCUUAUCAGCAACGACAAGGAAAGACUGGAUGCUGAGAACGCUGCCAUGCACAAAGAUGUGCAUGAUUACAAAACAAAGUAUGAGAAUGAGAUCAACAAGAGGAAUGGAGCAGAGAAUGAUUUUGUCUUGCUUAAAAAGGAUGUGGAUGCUGGCUAUCUGUGCAAGGUGGAUUUAGAGGAGAGGGUGACUGGCCAGGCAGACGAAGUCAGCUUCCUCAAGAACUUCUACGACACGGAACUCUGUGAUCUGAAGGAGAACCUGAAGGAAACCUCCGUGGUGGUGCAGAUGGACAACUCCCGCGGCCUGAACAUGGACCAGAUUGUGUCUGAAGUCAAGGCCCAGUAUGAGGGCAUUGCUACACGCAGUCGUGACGAAGCUGAGAGCUUGUACAAGACCAAGUUUGACCAGAUGUCUGUGCAGGCCAACCAGUACAGCAGCGAGCUGCGAAAUACCAAGGGGGAAAUUGCUGAACUCAGCCGUCUCAUCAGCCGCCUGCAGAAUGAGAUCCAGGCUGUGCAGGGACAGCACGCCUCUCUUGAGGGCUAUAUAAAUGAGGCGGAGGAGCGUGGGGAGCUGGCCGUGAAGGAUGCUAAAGCUCGCAUCAGGGACCUGGAGUUGGCUCUGCAGACAGCCAAGCAGGACAUGGCCCACCAGCUCAGAGACUACCAGGAGCUGAUGAACACCAAGCUGGCCCUGGACAUAGAGAUCGCCACCUACAGGAAACUGCUGGAGGGAGAGGAAGACAGGAUUGGACAGCAGUCAAUCAUCAGUAUUGAGUCGAUGCCCAACAAAAGCUCAAAUGUAAAUAGCUACCAGCAACACAAGUCCGCUCCAGUUCUCAUCAAGACAGUGGAGACCCAGGACAGAACAUACAGCUGAAGAAGAAAACUAUAUCAGGACAACAUUCAGUACAGUGCAUGAGCCUACACGUCCCAAGCACCAUGGUCACUAAUGAGGCCUUUACUGUGAAAGUUAUCUUAUGUUUUAUCUCUUUGUCAGCCUAAUCAAUUUGUAUAAGAAUAUAAAGUACUUUUUUUUUUGCUUUUAAUAUUACGACAAAUGUAAGACUCUGUGUAUCAAAUAAAAGUAAAG